UGUUCUUGAAACUCCAUCACAAAAUAAUUCCCGACUAUAUUGUCAGAAAGUAGUUUUAGAUGAAAUUACUAGUUGUUAUGUGAAAAAAUAUGGUAUUGAAAUUAUUUCCGAAGAGAGAAAUACAAAAUGUGUAAUCAGCACAAGUAUGGCCAUAGCGAAAAAGGAUGUUGCGCUGAAAAUAAGGCUUGACAAUCUCGAAGCAGAACUCAAAAACCUGCAUGCCACCAUCCUACAGAAGCGUUUGAGCAGACAUUCUCUACACCAACAGCCAGUGAAAAGCUCAACGAAGCCGGAGAAACCGCAAUCGGGCACUAUAAAGACUUGCCAAAAAUUAUGGUCGAAAGAUGGUGCCAAGCAAGAAAGAGAGGAUGGAAAGGAAUGGUACUCUUGCUUGCAAAGCAUAACUGACAGCAUAGCUAGAGGCAGUAAAGCUAUUAGGACAAUCGCGAGUUUGACUAAUGAUUCAAACUCUUCAAAUUCGAAUUCUGUUUCAGAGAAUAAGAAUAAAGAAGAAUUAUUAACCAUUUCGGACAACACCUUGGAAGGCAUUACGGAUGCUGUUUACGAAAACAGAGAGUUAGAUACCCCCAAUAGUGUAAGAGUACCACAACAUGGAGCUUUGAGAAAAGCUGCAAGUCACCACGUAACAGAAAGUAAAAAACCGAUUCGUAAAGUGAAAAGCUCGGGUAAUGAAAAUACAGCAGCUAUGUCGUCGUAUCAGUCACUGAAUGAUUGCAAGCUGCAGUUGUUGAAGGAAAACCACAUGCUCAAACAGAAACUGGUGUCCAUGAACAACAUAGUUGACGAGGUGAACGAUUUGAAAAAGAAACUAAAAGAAGAACAGGCGAAAAGAACAGCUGCAGAAAAGCUGAGCAAAGCUGACAAAAACACUUCAGCCAUUGACAUAAUAGAACCACCCGUAAAGACAAAUAGCCAGACAAAAAAAAUGAUGCAGCUCCAAAAUGAAUUAAGAGAUGAGAAAGCGCGAAGAAUGAGGGCAGAGACGAAUUUAAUGGAACGUUCGACUUGCAACAAAGCUACAAACAGUCCUGGUUUUUUUGAAAAUGCUGACUUUAUGGAAAAAGUCAAAUUAAAAAUGGAAUACAUAGAGGAGAAACAAAGGCGAGAGGAAGUUGAAAAAGAGCUUAUGAUGGUACUUGAAAAGUUGGAGGAGAGCGAAUACCGUUCUAUGGACCUUGCUGAAAGUAAAAAAAUUGCUCUGGCCAUGGCAGAUAAGUUUCGUCACAAAUGCGAAUCGUACAGCAAUUUACAGCUUGACAAAGGAGGAGGCGAUAUCGAGUUAGCCACAGCAUUGAGAAACCAGCAACAUCAGAACGUUCAACUCCUCAACGAGCUGAGAGAUCUCAGAGGAACGCAGGAGUGCAAGAUGUACGAAAAGUAUAAAAAGCUGGCCGAUUCUUUGCAAGAGGAAGUCGAUUUUCUGCGGAACAAUAUGAAGAACCCAUUGGAAGAUCCAAAAGUUAAAGCCCUUGUUGAAAAACACAAAAUCGCUUACGGGGAGCUGCUUCUUGCAAAAAAUGCAAUGGAGUCAGAGUACGAGGAAAAGUUCCGAACUUUUGAAGAUGAACUUCAAGGACUUCAGGAUAUUCAUGAUUCCAAAGUUUUUGAGCUGACUGGGAUCAUUCAAAACUUGAAAGUAAAACUUCAAGAAAAGAAUGAAUGUAUAGCCAGUUUCAAUUCAGAACAAAGUGCUUAUAACGAUGCAAUUAAAAGGAUUAAAAGCAGGUAUGGACAUUUUAUUGCUGGAGAUCUCAGUGCAAUAAACAAACAGCAAGAUGACAUAAUCAAGGUUUUAAAAGAGAAUAUUGCAGAAAAGGAUAAAAGUUUAGAAGUCAUGGAGCAAGAGUUAGCUAGCAUGCACGAGGGUUCUGAAACUCUCAGAAAAGACGUCAAGGAUUUAAGAACAAAACUCAACGAAGCUAUAGGCGAAAAUAACAUGCUGCACGAUGAGUUGAAGAAAGGUCAUGACACCGUAGUCAUCAAAGAAAAGAUAAUUAUCGACCAGUUAGAUACAAUCAAGUCUCUUAGGACUAUGGCGGACAACUCGAACAAAACCAUAACUGAUCUGAGGAAAGAAAGGGACAACCUUUUGAAUAAACUGACUGAGAUCGAAGAGAUGAAUAGAAAUUUACAAGAUACAGUGCAAUCCGUUCAGGAUCAGGUGAACGAGCUGGAAAAAUAUAAGGAAGGGCAGGAAAAGAACGCGCACAUUUUGAAACAGCUAGAGUCUCAGGUGUUCCAGAGGCAAAAAGAAUGGGAAAGCAACAUCGCACAGAUGUGUAAAGAGAAGGACCAAGCUAUACAGACAGCCAAGUUUGCAACUCAGAAGCUGGUUCAGGCCGUUAACGACUACGAGGCACAGCUCGCCAGCCAGAAGAAACUCCAAAUGAUACUCAAUAACGCCAUACAAGAGAAGGAGGAACAGCUGAAAAUCGCACUCCAACAGCUCGACGUUAUGAACGAGGACACGUGGCAGGUGCAGAAAUCUGCCGAGUCCACGCGGACUGACCUGAAGCAGAAGCUGAGGAAGGCCUGCGAAGUCUGCCCGGACGUGAUAGAAGAUUACCCGAUCGGUGAACCGACAUACAAAAAGUCGUCUUGAUAUACUUUCGUUUUUUUAAAUAACAUUUCAGUGUUUCCGUUCAACUCGAUCAAUUCUUGUAAUCAAUUUUCAAACAGUGGUCCAUCACUUUUGACAGUUAACCUAUUGAGAUUUCAACAGUAAAAUUAUUUGUCGGAUC